AAACAACAAGAGAAUCAGUCGAUUAUCAGUAAAACACAACAAAGAACCAAGAAACUAACUGAUAUUAUCAUCAACAUCAAGUGCAUUCUCCAGAUCGCCAUCCACUCUACAAAAUAAGUAACCACAGUUACCGCCACUUUUUCUAAUAAUACUUCCCCAUUAAUAAUCAUCAUCAGAACGAGAGUACCAACCAUAGCAUUGAACCCGGACCUCUCAUCACAACAAACACCUUGGGCAAUUUAGAAAAACCGUUGCAAAAAUCAAAAAACAAAUGCCAAAACAGCUAGUGUGUCAAAAUAGAGAAGAAUCUGCCGUUGGAACUACUUUAUCAAUGGAUAGAGUCGCAAUCAACCAAUCUUCUCAAAGACCAAAUAGUAAACCAGCAACAGCAUCACAUAGAUUGGGAUCCUUUGCAUUUCAACCUUAUCAAUUGUUCAAUCCGACUCCCUAUGCAACAAAACACAAGGCAACUGAUUGUUGUGAUGAUGUUAUCAGUAACGGAUCCAAUCAUUCAAAAUCUUCCGAUUCUAAGGAACUACCAAUCAAUUUGAUGACUAGUAACAACAAGGUGGAGAGAAUGUCUAUCUGUAACGUAUCAUCUGAAACUAGGCAAUUACCAAACAGCAAACCAUUGUCUCCUCCAUCAUCGUCAUCAUCAUUAGCAGUUCAAAAGACUUGUCAUCCACCAAUUACAACUAUUACUCAUGUACCAUCACCUGUAACAACUAAUGUUGCAUUAUCUCGUUCUACCCACCACCUAGGCUCUAGUCAACCAAACAGUGUUGUACCACAAAUCAAACUACCACCUACCUCAAUGUAUCCAUAUUCCAAACAACAAACAUCAAUUGAUAAUAUCUCCCCACCAACUCAUAUUAUACAACCACUCCCACCACUUCCUUCAAUCAAUUCAAUGAGAUCUUUGGUUGCUCAAUCACCAAAAGUUCAUAAACAAGGUUUUGCUUCUCCAAAGACCAAGGCCAAGAAGGGGUUGACAGCUCACUUGACAACCAACAAUUUUUCUGCCGUUGUAAACUCUGGAUCAAACACAAAAUCCUUUGGUUCUUCAACCAGUACAACUCAAAACUUUUAUGCUUCUCCAAUGAAAUCAGUUGACAAUAGUAACCCAUACACUAUUUCUUCAUUAACAACCAGCUCCACUACCCAAAAUGAAAAUGUCGACCGUACUAACAUUAUGAAUAACACUACUCCUAACCAAACACCAGAAAAGAAAGAAGCUCCACCUACAGUCAAACCAAUUCCAAAACUUCCUUUUGGUACUCUCUCACUAAUGAACUGAUAUAGAUAUAUCCUUUGCAACAAUUAAUUGACUAUUGUGAAUAUUUAACUCCCUUUUGAUCUUUACCAACCACCAAACAAUUUUUUCCUUGCUCAACUUACAACUGCUGAUAAUUUGAGGUUGAAACUGAAAACCAUCACCCAAGUUGUGUUCCAAGAAGAGAAUCACAACAGUUGCAUGUUGUUUUCAAUUUUCCUUAUUUCAAAAACGUUGAAAGAAGAAUAAGAAAAAAAUUCACAACGCUCACCCCGCUACAACCUUUUUUAUUAACUUAUUUAUUGUUAAAUAGUUUUUGUACAUUCUCCUGUAAAUAGAUAACUUGAUCACCACUACACACAGCUUCAUCAUGCGACCAUUAUUCGGACCUCUUGUAGAUACUAAACUCUCACGACUCUAUACAAAGGGUAACAAUCCCGAAGAGAAUAAGAAGAAUCUAGAGUCUACCACGAAAAAGACUUAUGCUUUUGUUCUCUUUUGUGUUGUUGCCACUUCUGUGGGUUUGUUCUUUAAAGAAUAAAAUCUAACUUCCGAUC